UCGCGCCAAGCGCUCCGUGGUGGAAUGUUGUAUAUUGUGUCGGUGUAGUAGACGCGCACACGAUCCUUUGUUUAUUUUCCGUUUGUGUUUCAUUGUAUUAUUAUAAUGUUUGAUAACUACAAUCUUAGUGAUAAUAAGAACGUGGCGUACAGCUAACGCAGUGUACAAAAUGGAGUGGUUAAAGCGUUUAUUUGGGCGCGAAGUCCGCGAGGGGAACACUCGGGACGCGCCAGAGGAUGGUCUGGAGACAGCGCAGGAGAGGCGCCGUCGCUGGCGCAGCGUCUACGUCAUCUACUUCACCAUGUUCCAGAUGUCCCUCGGCUUUAGUAUAGUGCUGACAGGUGUCUGGCCCUACCUUGACAUGCUGCAGCCGGGCACAAAGAAAGAGAUGCUGGGCGUGGCGGUGGGAGCUAGCCCGCUAGGCCAGCUGCUGCUGUCUCCAUUGCUGGGCCUGUGGGCCAACCGUGCGGGCGUGCGCGCUCCGCUCUCCGCCACGCUGGGCCUGUUUGCUCUGGCUUCCGCCGUCUAUUCGCAGCUGCAUCUCACCAGGCCCUACGCGGUGUCCUGCAUGAUCGCUGCCAGAUUCCUUAUAGGUGUCAGCUCUUCUAAUGUGGCGGUGGCGCGUGCCUACCUGUCUGCCGCGACUCGAGAGGAGGAGCGCACGCGCGCGGUGUCAGCAGUGUCGCUGGCGCAGGUGCUGGGCUUCGUGGCAGGCCCGGCGCUGCAGGCGGCUGCCGCGCCGCUGGGCACCUCUGUCAGUGCGGGUCUACGCUUCGACAUGUACAGCGCGCCCGGUCUGCUCAACGCCGCGCUCGGUCUCAUCAAUCUAUUACUGUUGAUGCCCGGCUGUUUUCAUAUCAGCGAUAUCGCGGUGCGCGAGGCCGUGCAGGCGAGAGGGGAAAGAUCAGAGAAAGAAGUACUAAAAUCCCUAAAGCCGGACUACGUGAGCAGCUGGAUGUUGGUGGGCGCAUUCUUCGUGCUGGUGUUCAACUUCGUGCUGCUGGAGACGCUGGCCAGCACGCUGACCAUGGAGCAGUUCGGGUGGGGCAAGGCGCAGGCGCUGCAGUACUUGGGCGCGCUCAUGUCCGCCGGCGCUCUGGUCGCCUGCCUCGUAUUCGCUGCGAUACCGCCGCUCACAAAACUCGUAGAGGAACGUGCGCUGAUGUUGUGGGGUGGAUUCCUCCCCGUGGUGGUAGCGUCGCUACUCUGCAUCCCCUGGGGACCGGGAGCUCCGCCCCUCGCAGACCCCGGUAAUGCGGAGGCCAACGGCGGCUGUCCACAGGACACACAGCCAUGGUGCGCGGAGUCGCGUGCACUGACACUGGCGCAGUUCCUGGUGGCGUACGGCUGCAUGUCUGUGGGGUAUCCUCUCGGUGUCACUCUCAUACAGACCAUAUUCUCCAAGGUCCUCGGACCACGACCACAGGGUGUGUGGAUGGGCGUGCUGACGGGUGCAGGCUGCCUGUCUCGUGCUCUGGGCCCCGUGUUCGUGGCGGGUGUGUACGCGGAGCGCGGGCCCGCAGCUGCGUUCAGUGCCACGGCCGCGGUGACACUGAUGGCGCUGGUGGCACUGCGCGUGGUGUACCCCCGCCUGCGCCCCGCGCCCCCCGCCCAGCCCCCUCCCCCCGCAGAACUGCAGCCGCUCGCAGACAAGUCGCUACAUGCUGAACCUUGACCUUCACCUAAGUAUUAUACAUUUAUAGAUCAUUCUAUAACAAUCGAUGUUUACACUAUUCCAGUCCAGUGGUCGAAUCCAGCGAUGAAAUACGACUGGAAAAUGUACACCAUAUUGAAUUUCAGUAUGGGUAUACGUUUCAUUUUUAUACAAUACACAACUGGAUUCGCUGGACUGGAUUCAUGUAAAUGCCUAGUUUACGAUUAACAAAUCGAGAUAUCGAAAAUGAAUUUGAUUCACAUGAACAAAUCAGUCGUUAUAUAAUUAUAUAAUGAUACUGUUUUGUUAUGUUUUGAUGGAAAGGUUUGUUUGUGUGUUUGAGUUAAAUUGGUUGGUUUAUUUUAUUUAUGAACUAUACAAGAAUUUGUACAAACAAGUGACAGAUUCCUGUGUCAAUUGUAAUCGUGUAACUGUGGGUUUCUGAGAUCAAAA